UGGGUGUGAGUGUGGGCCUAGAGUGAGAGAAUAGCACGAGAGCAUAAAAGAUCAAACAACAUACAUUUGCUAAGAUAAAAACACACAAACUAACAUGAAACAACAUAUCAUCAAUAAAUAAUAAAACCUUUCUCUCUGUCUCUUGUCUCUCUCUAACAAAGCGUUGCGUACUGAUGCAAAAAAGUGAGGAAUGGUGCUUUAUGUUGUGUGAGUGAGAAGUGAGGACCAUCUCAUCCCAUACCCGAUAUCCAUAUUCCAGCCCCAAAGCAAAAGCAAAGGAUAAAUCAAGAGUAGUAGCACUGAGUUUCUUCUGUACACAAGCUAGCUGCUUCUGUUUCCAACUCAGAAACUCAAAAUCUCAGACAUCAAUCAGAAUCUCUCCACAAACAAACGUUAUUUAUCCACAUGGGACACUGUUUCAGCAAACCCCGCAGCAACGAAAUAGCAAUCAACUAUGAUUCACCGCCCCAUCAUCGUUAUCAGCCUCGUGCAAACCCACCACCACGAAGAACCCAACAACAACACCAAAACCAACCUCAUCUUCGACCUCGUUAUCCCUACUCUGCUCCAAACUCCGACCCUUCUCUUUCCAUCGCUCCUUCAUCAUCAUUCUCUGAUCAGUCACGAAUUCUGGAUAAACCGUACUUCGACAUCAGCGCCCUUUACGUUCUGGAGAGGGAACUGGGGAGGGGUCAAUUCGGGAUCACUCGUCUUUGCACCGAGAAGACCACCGGAAGGAAGUAUGCCUGCAAGUCCAUUCCAAAGCGGAGGCUAACCAAAAAGAAGCAAAUUGAAGAUGUCAAGAGGGAAAUUCUGAUCCUGCAGCACCUCUCUGGUCAACCCAACAUCGUUGAGUUCAAGGGUGCUUACGAGGAUUGGCAGAAUGUGCAUUUGGUGAUGGAGUUGUGUUUGGGUGGCGAGCUUUUCGAUCGCAUCACUGCAAAGGGUAGUUACUCCGAGAGUGAAGCUGCUUCCAUAUUCAGACAAAUCGUGAAUGUGGUUCAUGCAUGUCAUUUUAUGGGAGUCAUGCAUAGAGACCUUAAGCCAGAAAAUUUCUUGCUUGCCAAUAAGGAUCCCAAGGCACCGUUGAAAGCCACCGAUUUUGGAUUGUCCGUCUUCAUUGAAGAAGGUAGAGUGUAUAAGGAGGUUGUUGGAAGUGCAUACUAUGUGGCUCCGGAGGUGUUAAGGAGGAGUUAUGGAAAAGAAAUAGAUGUGUGGAGUGCAGGAAUAAUUUUAUACAUCCUUCUAAGUGGAGUGCCUCCAUUUUGGGCUGAAACGGAGAAGGGAAUAUUUGAUGCAAUUCUGGAAGGCAAGCUUGAUCUGGAGAGCGCACCAUGGCCUUCUAUUUCAACUGCUGCAAAGGAUCUGAUCAGAAAAAUGUUGAAACAUGACCCUAGGAAACGCAUUACAGCUGCUGAAGCCCUUGAACACCCGUGGAUGAAGGAGGGCGGUGAAGCGUCUGACAAACCUAUAGACAAUGCUGUUUUAACUAGGAUGAAACAGUUCAGAGCAAUGAACAAGAUGAAGAAACUUGCUCUAAAGGUUAUAGCAGAAAACCUUUCAGAGGAGGAAAUCAAGGGCUUGAAACAAAUGUUCAACAAUAUGGACACUGAUCGCAGUGGCACAAUCACAUACGAGGAACUCAAAUCUGGAUUGACCAAGUUGGGAUCCAAGCUUAGUGAAUAUGAAAUAAAGCAGCUAAUGGAAGCUGCUGAUGUUGACAACAGUGGAACUAUUGACUAUCAAGAAUUCAUCACUGCCACUAUAAACCGGCAUAAACUGGAGAAGGAAGAGAAUCUGUACAAGGCUUUUCAAUACUUUGACAAGGACAACAGUGGAUAUAUAACAAGAGAAGAGCUUAGACAAGCAUUGACUGAAUAUCAGAUGGGAGAUGAGGCAACUAUAGAUGAAGUGAUCGAUGAUGUGGAUACUGAUAACGAUGGGAAAAUAAAUUACCAGGAGUUUGUGGCAAUGAUGAGAAAGGGGAUUCUGGAUAUUGAUGAGAAGGAGAAACCACGAUACUUUUUUUUAACAAUCAUAUCCUUAUAUGUAAUUAUAAGAUAUACUUAUAGUAGAGUAUUAAUAAAAGAACUUGUAAGGCAGAAACAGCUUCAGUUUGCCUGGGAGAAAGAGAGAGUCAUGGGAGUGGGAUUCUCAAAGGUGUUAACACACACAACAGACGAUGAAAUUCCAAUUUCUUCGACAGAUUCUGCUCCUCAACUCACCUACAAACAACCUAGGAAAAACCUGCCUUUUCCACGUUCUCUUGUUCCUCCUCCCAUGCCAACCCAAUGUUCUUCACAGACAGGACCUGUUCUUGGGAAGCCUUACGUUAAAAUAAAGCACACGUACGAGAUGAAGCAAGAGCUGGGAAGAGGCAAGUUUGGCGUGACUUAUCUGUGUGUAGAGAAGGCCACAGGAAUUUCUUAUGCAUGCAAAUCCAUAGCAAAGAAGGGUCCGCAAGAAGUUGAGAAUGUUAGAAGAGAAGUUAUGAUUCUGCAGCAUCUUUCGGGGCAACAUAACAUAGUGGAAUUCAAGGGAGCUUACGAGGAUAGGGAGAACGUGCAUCUGGUGAUGGAAUUGUGCAGUGGAGGUGAACUCUUUGACCGUAUUGUUGCAAAAGGCAGACACUCGGAGCGUGAAGCAGCCACUGUGAUGAGACAGAUUGUGAAGGUGGUCGACGUGUGUCAUAUCAUGGGUGUGAUGCAUCGAGACCUCAAGCCAGAGAAUUUCUUGUUCGCCACCAAGGACGAGGAUGCCCCUUUGAAACUCACGGAUUUUGGAUCCUCUGUCUUCUUUCACACUGGUGAGGUGUAUAAAGAUAUUGUUGGAAAUGCAUAUUACAUGGCUCCUGAGGUUUUGAAACGAAAUUACGGAAAGGAGAUAGAUGUUUGGAAUGCAGGAGUCAUUUUAUACAUUCUCUUAAGUGGGGUGCCUCCAUUUUGGGCUGAAACCGAGAAAGGCGUGUUUGAUGAUGUUUUGGGUGUUAAGUUAGAUAUGGAUAGCGAGCCAUGGCCUUCUACAUCAGACGCUGCAAAAGAUCUGAUCAGAAAAAUGCUUACUUAUGACCCUAAGGAACGGAUUACAGCUGCUGAGGCCCUUGAACAUCCAUGGUUGAAAGAAGGUGGUGAAGCAUCAGAAAAGCAUCCAGACAGUGCUGUUUUAAGUAGGAUGGAAAAGUUUAAAGCAAUGAACCAGAUGAAGAAGCUUGCAAUGAAGGUAAUAGCAGAAAAUCUUUCAGAGGAAGAAACAAAGGGCCCCAGACAAAUGUUCAACAAUAUGGAUACUGACGGCAGUGGCACUAUCACAUUUGAAGAACUCAAAUCUGGAUUAUCCAGAUUGGGUUCCCUGCCUAGUGAAUCUGAAAUAAGGCAGCUAUUGAAUGCUAUUGGUAAUGACAAGAAUGGAACAAUUAACUAUUAUGAAUUCGUUGCUGCCACCAUGGAUCGACACAGACUGGAGAAGGGGGGGAGUUUGUUCAAGGCUUUUCAUUACUUUGACAAGGAUGACAAGGGUUAUAUAACGAGAGAUGAACUUAGGGAAGCUAUCACUGUACACCAAAUGGGAGAUGAAGCUACGAUAGAUGGAGUCUUCGAGGAUGUAGACUCUGACAAAGAUGGGAAAAUUAACUAUGAGGAAUUUAUGAGCAUGAUGAGAAACGAAUGCUGAAUAACUAUGACAAACGAUAAGAUCAGCUAAACGCACUACUACAGUCUAAUUCCAAAUUACCGUAUUCUCUAUACGACAAAAGCAAAACUCCCACUGUCAUUCCAAACACAUUAGUAAUGUUAUUACACAGAUAAUUUUAUAUACAACAUGUUUUUUAUAUACACGAUAAACUUGUUAUCAGAACUUGUCAACAAAUUUUCUAGUAUGCGAGUUCAGCAGCUGCGUGGUUGAA